GUGGAAAGGUCGAAGCACAGACUUUUGCGUAACGCAUAAGACAUAAGAAAAUCAAUCAAUCCAGCUUUUCGUUUUCGUCCCUACUUCUUGUUCUAAGCUUUGAUUGGUUGAUUCUCUUAUUGUCUUAUGCGUUAUGCAUUAAGCAAAAUUCUGUGCUUCGGCCUGAACUUUGUUCAAUUUGUCCCGCAUUUAUUGCGAUUACUGUUGUUUCGCGCGAAAAUCGGUAGUACGCGCGUGUCGCGUAGUGUCCGGUGUUUCGGGUAAUUCAUAAUUAGCAUGAUAAUCGCACCCGGUAAAUGCUAAUCGGCAAUUUUUACGGUGAAAUGUGUCGCGACCAUUCUCGCGCUUCCGCAAAGCGCGCGGCACAAAAAAAAAUGGCGGUCGCGCGACGCGGAGAAAUACAAUUACGUUCGAAUUGUCUCGUAAUUUGUCGCGUAAUUGUCGCGAUUGUUGUCGUUUUGCGUGCAAAUAUCAAUAAUACGUGUGUGUAUCGUAGCGUAUUGGACGUUCGCAACAAUACGCAAUUAGCAUCGCGGUAAUCGGCGAGUUUGCGAUAAAAAUAUAUCGCGGCAGUUCGUGCUUCCGCGAAAGAUAAGAAAUGAAUUGUCAUGCACGCGCGUUGUUGCAGCUACACAAUUAUACGUGAUCAAAGGUGUGUGAAUAUAUAGCGAACUACCGCACGCGUCGAUUCAGUUUAUUUCAAGAAUUGAAAUAGUUGUUUUGUGAACUUGUGGAAAAAACCAAGAAAACUAUAUGAAGACGUGCAACUUUUCACUCAAAAUAUAUGUGAUCGUCAGAAAAACAGCAAGGUUUCAGCAAGCAGCAUCAGAAUCUCUGGAGUGUAAUCAGAUUACCUUUGGAACUUGAAGCGAAUAUCCGCGAGAAGAAAAAUGGCGGACCGACAAAGAAGAAGUCGAUACUUGACCAUCAGUAUACUGCAUAUUAUCACAAUAAUGUGUCAAGCGCUUUCCGAUCCGCCGAUGUUCGCCGAGCCGAUACCAAAUGUCACGGUGGCUCUGGGAAGAGAUGUGAGUCUACCUUGUGUCAUCGAAAACCUCGGAAAUUAUAAGGUGGCGUGGAUUCAUGUUGGUCGUCAAAUGCUGCUCACUGUCCACAAACACGUGGUCGUGAAAAUGCCCAGGUUUUCGGUGUCACAUGACAAUCAGAAAACGUGGUUGCUUCACAUUGCUAGCGUGCAGCAGGACGACCGGGGUUACUAUAUGUGCCAAGUAAAUACCAAUCCGAUGAUAAGUCAAGUUGGCUUUCUUCACGUUGUCGUGCCACCAAAUAUAGUGGAUGCUCUUUCCACCGAGAGCACUGUGGCAGUUCGGGAACAUCAGAACGUUACCCUCACCUGCAAGGCCGAUGGAUAUCCACCGCCGACAUUAAUGUGGAAACGUGAAGAUGGCGAAUUGAUUACGAUCAGCAAACAUAAGAAAGUGAACAAAUUUAAUGGCGAGCAAUUAAACUUGACGAAGAUCACGCGCAACGAAAUGGGCGCUUAUCUCUGCAUCGCGACCAACGGCGUGCCGCCCACGGUCAGCAAGAGGAUCACCGUGGAUGUCGAAUUCUCUCCGAUGAUCUUCGUACCGAAUCAGCUGGUUGGCGCACCGGUCGGCACCAACGUAACGAUCGACUGUCAAACGGAAGCCUAUCCGCGCGCUAUGAAUUACUGGUUUCUGGGAGACGAGAUGAUUCUCUCCAACGAGAAGUACUCGACGACUUUCAUGGAGAGCAGCUACCGAACGAGCAUGAAACUUACCAUCAAGAACUUGACAUCGAGCGACUUUGGUAGCUACCGGUGUAUUAGCAAAAACUCGCUGGGCGAGACCGAGGGAUCUAUCAGAUUAUAUGCUAUUCCGAAGCCAUCGCCGGUACCGAAGGCGACGGAGAUCAAGAGCAGCGCCAACAAAGAAGGACGGCCGAGCACGCCACCGCCACCAAAAAGGCUGACCACCGUGUGGCCAUCCUCGUACAACCCCUAUACCAAAAGGACAGAGAGACCACCUCCGCCGAGUGAGGAGAGGGUCGAGAGGCCCGAGCAGAAACUACGUGGUGGCCAAAGUACAGGAAGCGCAUACAUCAUCAGGUGGAGUGCGCCGCAGUUGAUGGUCGUGGCGGUGCAGUACAUUCUCACGGGGCCCUACAUGCCCCCCUACGUACCCCAGACGGCGAAUUAAGACGUCCGUCGCGGGAAAAAGUACUACCGUCGCGCGAUCGUUCACCUGAGGCGGGGUCGCCUCCUCACGACGACACGACGACGAGGAAAAGUCUGCUUCCUAGAAUAUAUCGCUGCGUAUCUUUCGCACAAGAGAAACGCGCUUUUUGCGGAGCCGCACGUCGAGCACUGAUAAACAGGAAAUGUAUGCUCGCGAGUAACCGGUAACCGGUUUUACUACCGAAACACAUAACGAUCCAUUCCGAUUUGGAAUGGAUUUCUGAAACUUGCUUUAUACUCUGCUAGUCGGUCGAACGGUCGUUCGCCGCGAAUCAGCUCGAGAGACUCUCUCACGACGACAAUGCGCAAUUUUAUUCUUAUCAAAUAAAGAGGACGGGAAAGAAGAAGUGAAAUUUCUGGCCGCGCUUGAUGAAAACCUAUUCUCGUUGUGAGCGUAAUAUAAUUCUCUAUAAAAUCGUAUAAAAGUAUUCGCGCGCGAAAUCGAUAAACUAUCAUACGCUUUGCUUGACGGCCGCCGCGUCUGCAUGUUUAAAAUUUUAACGAACAGCUCGAACUGCGAUUGUGCUCAUACACUCUGCGAGCGUUAUAAAUUGAAAUAAUUUUAUACAAAGACACGAGAUAUAUUUGGGCGAAAUUUCAAAAAUAUCGAGUUUCGGCAGAUUGUUCGAACGUGCCUGCAAUGUACAUUGAAAAUUAAGCGGAAUAUAUACUCUGCGCACAUUCAUUCGACGCGAUGACUCUGUAAUCAAGGAUCGUUGUUCCGUAUAAUGCAAGGCAAAAAAAAAAAAAAAUGCAACUUAGUGGAAUCAAAAUGAAACACGAGACACAGAGACGUGCGUGAGUUUACGCAUCAACCGACGUACCUUGAGACCAACAUAUUAUAGAAUGAAGGAGCGUUCUCCGACAAGAGUUCUCUCCAGAGAACGGGGAGGGAAUUUGAUUAAUGCCUUGGCACGUGAAAAAUGGUAGGGCGCGGCCGCGACUCCUCGAAAUAGCAAAGACGGCAAUGACUGAAGUGUCAUUGAGAAGUUUUGUCAUCAGCUCUCGCGAGUUGAACAAAACCACGCCUUCGAAAAGAGACUAAAAAAUUAUGAGAUUAAAUGUAUAAAUAUUACGCGUAGACAGAGAGA